GUUGAAUGAAAUUGAGAAAAAACUCUAUACACAUAGAAAUAUUUAAGUAAAGGUAAUCAGAUAAAUGAUUCAAAUUUUAUUGCGCAUACAUAAUUCGCAGUUAGUGAGCAAAACAAACGUAAAAAGCAAUUGUUCAACAGGUGUGGCUACUGGUCUCCGAGUUUGGAAAAGAGAAAACCACCUGUUGAAUGCCUACUAUAGGAAUACUAAUUAGCGAGGAAGAAGAACCAAGUAAAAUGGAUGAGCAAAGAAACACGUUGUAGUAGGUCGCUUAGUAGGCAGUGUGCUUGAGAUAUUUAUUUGUCUUAUUAGAGGUAAUGUUCGAAUUGUUAUUUAUUAUUUAAUAUAAAAACUAAUCUCUUACAAUCAAUUCAUCAUAACAUUUCUUUCUCAUAAGUAAAAGUAACUCUUUUAGAUAAUUGCUAUACAUCAGAAUACGUUUGGUAAGAUUGGUCUCAGCUGGCGGCAGAUUAUAUAUAUUAAAAAUAAUUACGGCCGACAAUAUAUACAAAAGAAAUAUGUUUGAACAAGAUUCGGGUUUCGAGGAUUUAAUUGAAUUCUGCAUAGAACAGCAAGAACACAAAGAGCAAUGCAUUGCUUCUUCAGCACCCGAGGCAUGUAUCUCGCCACCGCGCAUCCAUAAACGAGGCAAAGGCCGCCCACCUAGACGUUACGAUAUAAAAUUUGAAUGUGAUAUAUGUAAUUAUACAACUGUUUAUGCCAAGCAUUUUCGUACGCACAUGUCAGUGUCUCAUCAGGAUGAACAACCACGCAUUUUUAAAUGUACUCAGUGCCCAGAAGCGUAUGUAGAAGAACGUUUUCUACAUGAACACACAAAGCACAUACAUGAUUGUGUGCCGAGGCAACCGAAAUUUAUAUGUGCAAAGUGUGGCAAAGGCUUUCCAAAGCAAUCACAUCUCAAGCGACAUUCUUAUGUACAUGAACCAAAUGAAAAACCAUUUCUAUGUGAUUAUUGCCCGAGCCGCUUUAUAAAUCUUUGCAGUUUAACACGACACAUACAGAGUAAACAUAAUAAAAAUAAAAAACAUAUGUGCUCCGAUUGUGGUAAGGCUUUUGGUCAUAUUUACAGCCUAAAAUCGCACAAAAUACAUAUGCAUAAUAAAGAGGAAAUAUAAAUUUAGACAUAUUUAAGCCUUUGACAUGUCAGAGUUAACAUUUUAUGCAUAGAAAAUUUGGUUAAAUAAACAAAAGAGAGAAUGACAAUAGAAAAUGCUCAAAUUAUGUACGCGUAUAUACAUAUAUAUAUUUACAUAUACAUAUAUAUAUAUUUACAAUACAUAUGUAAUAAGUUUAAGUAUAAAAAAUAUAAAAGACUUAUGCAGCAAACUUAGAUCAAAAAAAUUUCGCUAUGCGGCUGAUAUUAUAAACUUUCAAUAAUUUAAAACUACAACACAGUUUAUACACUAGUUUUAU